GCAGAGCUUACCAUCCAACUGACCCCUUCUCUUGUCAAAAUGAUGACGAGGCGCACAUCACAAGUGCGCGGGGAGCUUAAAACAAAGAUGCGCCCACUGACGGCCUCGUUCUUUGGCUUCCGUGCAAGCAGAUCUAUACCCGCCAUCAAGCAAAACCGUGACCUGGCUGAGUCUCUCAAGGAAGGAUCACGUUUUGUUUUUAAGGACUGGGAAAUGAAAUGUGGCAUAUACAAGACCGGAUUAAUCCAGGAGGCGAUGAAUGAUAUGUGGUUCGCAAACCGAAGCGACGAGGGUAUAGUAUAUGCUAAAUACUUCGAUCCUUUACCCGUUCAAACCAUUGCGCUUAUACUCACAGCUAGUGCUGCC